GUUGACUACUUCGUCUUGCUGACUCUUUCUGCUUUUGCCUUGUGCCCCCGACCGCGCCAAGGUACCAACCCGACAGUCCGUUCCCAUCUUCCCGCACAUCCUCAUCACUACUCCGCCACCAUCCAUCCCACUACAAUCUCCCACUACCGCUCUCCCUUCUGCGUCGUGCCCCCGGUUUUACGAGAACCCUAACCCCAUCAAGUCACCACGAGGCCUUCCUACAUAGCUUGCCUGCCUACCGUCUUCCCGGCCAGACAGCAGACGGACAGAGCACCGGCAGUUUCCCGGUACACAGAGAUCCGUACUAUACCUUGAGUGGCCAUGUCGCCACGAACCGUAGCCAAGACGAGUCCUUCCUCCAUCGCAACGCCGCCCCAUCCCUCCACUCCCAUACCUCCACGACUGAAACAAGUAGACCCUCUGGCCGCUAGUCCGAGCCCGCGACGGAGUGCCCGCUUUGCCGCGCCGACGUACCCGGUUGCCUCGACCUCCCGUCUCCCACCCGUCUCCCCCGUCCCCGGACACAUCACCGCACAGGCGAAGCUGAAGCGCCGAAAGAACACUCCACGCGGCAAACGCAAUUCGUCGGACCUCGAUGCAACGGAGGAAAGCGACGCUGGGGCGGGGAAGACGAAGAAGAGGAAGAGCCCGGACCUCGUGCAUGAGGAUGACGUUAUCUACAAACGGUUGAAAGGAAGGAGCGAUAAGUGCGUGGUAGAGCGUCCGUCGAUCAUCGCCUCGGUGAAAGGCAAGGGCAAAGCACCUUCUCCCACAUCAAGCAACACAUCUCGGUCUGAUAAUGAAGAAUCCUUGUCCUCGGGCGCUAUUCCUUCACGCAACACCCGCAGCCACACACGCACAUUGUCUUGGAAGGGCAACCCUCCGUCGAUGAGGACCCGCACCAUGGCAGCACAACAGCAGUUCGAGUCGAUCAGGGUGACGCGACAAUCCACCAAGAUCAAUCCGUCACUUUUCUAUGUUGGUGGAAUGCCCAGUACGUCGACGCCUUCGACAGCCCGCUCGAAGAUGAGAUUGCGACUUCCGGCAUUGCAACCUGUAUCGUCGUCAGCUCAGCAUAAUUCGUCCUCGGCGCCUACAUCUCCUGUCACCGCCAAUGCCAAUCCACUGACGCUGCGUAGUCCAUCGAUGUCAGCGCGAGGAACAAGUCCUGCUCCCGCACGACUAGAUGAGAUCGAUAUGGGGGUGCCGUUGUCUCCUAAUCCCAAAGAAGACGGAGGAAAGAGCAAGCCCAAGUGUCGCGAAAGUCCCAUGCAAGACUCAUCGCCCUUGAGCUCCCCUGUCCGAGAACGAGGCUCGGCCUGGGGUGAAGAUGCGAACGUUAAGACGGAGCCGGUGGAGGUCGAUGUACUCGUUUUACCACCUGCUGGUUUGAGCGAGGGGGACAUCGAGAUGCCAUUGGCUGAUUCGAGCGCAGACCCGGUGCCAGUCGACAUGCCAGCUCCCAGUCCUGCAGCCAUGGAUACCCGGUCAGACGAGGAGAGCGUUGACACUGAUACGAACAAUGUAACUUCCACCGUCGAGUCGAGUGAUGUCACGCAGCCGGCCACCGCACCGAUUCAGAUUCCGCAGUUGACGACACCGGUGAACUCGGGCCCGCGUUCGCUGUCGCCGGAUGAGCUGGCGCCCUCGCCCUUUGCCCCGUCACCGAUGGCCGCGUCCUAUAGCGAAUCAAGUGGGGGGAAUAGCAGCAAUGCCAACAGUCCAGAAAUGGACUCAGCGUUGUUGGCAUUCGAACUAGCUUCGAGUCACACGAAGUCCGUCCCCAGGCCUGCUGUGUGGUCGGAUUGGCCCUCGCCGCGCUACACGUCACCCGCAGCGCUUGCACCUUAUCUGUUCGAUCUGCCGCUCCAUGAAAUAAGUCAAUCGCAGACGGUGUCGCUCUCGUAUGAGUGGACUUCGCUGCUGAAUCGGCGGCAGAAGGCAGGGCAGCGUGCGAUGAUGGAUGCUGCUAGGGAAGCUGAAGAGGCUGCGAUCAGGCUCAAAUUGCGAGCAGCCUCUCAGGAGAUGGACGUUGAUCGGGAGGGAGAUGGACAUGACAUCGACGCGGAGGGCGAAAUCGAUUGUUCGAUGCUCCCCCAGCAUCAAGAGCAACAGCAGCCGCAACAGCAGUUCGGGUUCGGCGGAGGUCGCCGAUCAAGUAGGCUUCGCGUGGUUACGUAUGCCACUGCCGAACUGGAGCCUGAAGGCGAAACCCCGUCCGACUCCCAGAGCGUGGAGUCAGUUGUUCCAUCGCAGAUGAUGGGGUACGCCCCACAAGGGCCCCCAGAAGAUCUGGGUCCCGACCCAAAUAUGCGGUAUAGCAUGUCAUGGGGACCCUGGAAGAUCGCGUGCCGGGUAAGAGUGUGGGAUAUCCGCAAUCGUUAUUCCCCUGCGCUGAUCAGGUCUCUGGUCGCUCAGGAAGCAGACGACUACUUCUCUGCUCGCGGUCUGCAACAUCCAGAUGCGCUGAUGUUCAUGGACGAAGAGUACUAUGAUUGGGAGCUGGAGAGUGCGAGCGAUGCUGACGGGGAGGAUGACCUUGACUUUGGAGACACCGCUUUUGCCAUCGACACCCCUGGGAAAGAAGAUGGGUCUGGUGUUGGCGGAGUCUUGUCGUCCUUUUACGUUCCGCAAAUACCGGGCUCGUUCCCACCGAUGGCACCCUUCCCUCCUCCACCAUUGGGCUCCAUCCGGGUCCCGGCACUCAGGCAUCUAUUCACGGACAUUCCGAUUCUGCCUGCGAACGGCACUUUCCAGGGUCAAACGCGGGGGACAUCGAUCGAUGUAACGCGCCGGGCAGCAUGGAGUGUAUCACCUGGUCGAAUGUUUGCGCUCGAUCCGACGGACGGUGCGAACGACAGCGGACGGGGCAUACUUGUAAAAAGGGAGGGGCAUCCGAAGCCGAAGCCUCACCCGCUGACUCUUGCGAUGGCGGAGAGAAGUACCAUGCAGCAAGAACUGCCGCCAGAUUUGCAGACCCCAUUACAGCCGCCAUUCCAGCCUCCGCUGCUGCCCUCUCUGCCACCACAAUUGCAGCAAGAAUUGCUGCCACCCCUCCGGCCAGAGUUGCGGCCCCAGCUGCGAUCAGAAUUGCAGCAGGUCGUGCAGCAAGACCUGCAGCAGCAGCAGGAUGUGCAGCAACAGGUCGGUGUGUGGGACGAGUUUCUGAACUGCGUGGGAGUCGAGGACGCUGCCGCCGUUGGAAUGAAUCCGGGUGGCAUGGACAUCGAUGAGCGACAAGACGUCGGAGUUGCCCUCAGUGGGGGUGUCUCACUCGGGCUCCCGACGCCGGUGGCUUGUUCCGCCGAAUCGAGUGCGCUGCUUUCCGGGGCACCCGUUGCUUCUGGGGACCUGGGACUGGGCAUGUCGUUUGGGCUGGGUUGGUUCGAGGGCGAGAGGGAACAAAGCUCGCUUAGUUUCGCCCUGGGCUGAUGCUGGACCGGCCAAGUCACUGGAGCAGACAACGAUCCCGUCCAUAACUCGGGCGUGUGUUGAUGAUCAGUGGGCUCUCAAACGCCGACCUUGGCUCGACGUCUGCUUGUUAUUCGCCAUCUCGUCAUCAUCAUGCCUGGCCCCUGGCGCUGUCGCGUCUGUUUUCCUUUUUUAUAUCUGAAUUCUGUUUUGUUACAUCUCUCGAUCUGCUUUGUGUAUUCUGUAUCUCAAGUAAUGGAAUUCUGUAUCUUUCAUGUGGAUCUCAACUGCGACUGUCCGUUGCGCCAGCCGAAUAUGGAGGGCCCUUCG